AUGUCUGAACGCCAAUCCUGCCGCGCCAUGGAGAGGGCUCUCGCCAUCCCGGAGCUCCUGGAGGCCGUCUUGGUCCAAGUCGACAUGAGGACGCUACUGGUCUCGGCGUCCCGUGUGAGCAGGGCGUGGAAGGCGUUACUGGACGAGUCUCCGGCUCUUCAACAAGCCCUCUUCUUCAAGCCUGUGUCUGAUGUGUGUACUGCAGCAAUCCACGGGCUCGAAGAUACCCAUUUCCCGGACGUCCCAAAUGGACCCGCCUUGCCAACUCACAGAGACGCCCGGCUCAUCAACCCUCUUCUCGCAGAGAAAUUUGACAAGUGCUUCUUCGACUUCGGUCCCACGUACUCGUGUCACCGGCGUGCAAACUCCUUCUACGAACUCCCCUGGUCAACGUACCCAAAACCGGUCCAGACAGUCCAGGAGAACUGGGGCGGCUGGACCCAAGUCAGACCGCCUGAGCUCGAUGAGGCGUCGACACGGAUUCUUGCGGAAUCCCGAAGACGAUUUACCCGUCACGGCGCAAGCUGGCGGCGGAUGCUCGUCUCACAGCCGCCGCCUUCGUCACUGGGAUACAUGUGCUUCGACAUCCGAAGCCUCGCGGCGGAAGACCAACGUGUUUCCAGCUCCUUGAUCCAGCCAGGUGUUUUGACGCCGAACACGGGUCUCCGGAUGGGAGAGCUGUAUGACGUCGUCCAGCACGGCGCCGGGCACCACGGGCGUCACUCGUUCUGGUUCAGGGUCCUCUGGGGCCGGCCGACCGGGCAGUUUGCGUUCACGCACGUACGGGACACGUUUGAGCGGCUGAUGGCGCGGACGAGCGUUGUCGUGGAGUUUAUGCACGCUGACGACUAUUCUCUCCCGAACCACCCAAAGGAUCCGGCGGACGUCGGUGUGUUUGAUGCGGCCUUCCGGUGUGAGGAAAGUCGCGAGGUAAGGAUUGAGACCGAGGAAACGGGGGCGGAGGACGCCGAGUUCCCUGACUUCCACCCGGCGUAUGUGAUAUGGCACUGGGCUUUGACGGAUAGCGAGAGGGCGGCUUAA